ACGUUAAAAACGUGUUUGGUGCAUAAUAGAAAGGAUAUCGUUUCAUCGAACGUUUCACUUAUUUUUUCUAGCCGAAAAUCUUUCAUUACUGUUACUUCUUUUUGUCUUAAUGCGAUUAUACGGGAAACACCACUCUAAUUCAUAUCAGACUCUUGCUUGAUCGACGUUACAGAUAUGUACCGUUAAGCGUUGGUCGUACGCGAAUUGUAUCGUUGUAAAGUUCUUUUUGUCUCCGAAAGAUACGCGAGUUAAUUCGAUAGAUAAAUACGUUAAGCGAGAAUAAACGUUGUAAUUUUCAUUGAUAAUGCGAUACCUUAGUUGAAAAGACACUGCAUCGUUAUCUCGAUUACGAUAUCGUUGCUGCAUCACGCUGAACACCAGCCUAGAUUAGUCUAUCUUUUGGCCUAUCGUUCGUUGCGCAUAGUCUGCAUCGAGGAUCUUGUGCAAGAGCAAACGUUCCUCUUUACUAGCCUAAUAGAUACCGCAAAUUUUUGUUCUUUGAGUCUGUACGAAUGAAUGAACUUAAGAAAGAAGUAUUAUCGUUUAAGUCGUUGAUUUUUCCUUUGCUUCGACACCCUGUACACUCGUUUUUCCGUAUCUCCUAUCAGCCUCAUCGAUUUUCGCUCCAGGGAAUCCUGGCAGUACAGCAGCUCGCGUUAUUCGCGCGGAAGCAGAGGAUAACGCGACAAUUAUUUUGUGUCCAGAACUAUAUAUAUUUUUACUGUUACGCGGAGGCAGAGAUACGUAAAGAUUAAGUUGUUCUCGAUAGCGUACGAGUCGUGAAUGCGUUACGGGAGUUGUAAGAUCGCGAUUAAACUUAAAAGAAAACAUAGCUGUGCUUAGUCGAAAUGCUACUUUCCAAUCGUUGAAUUUAAUAGACACUUCAUUAUCCUGCAUCGUACGAAAUACCUUCGUAAACAUUCGUAAACGCUCGUUUAAGGAUAACUUAGGAUAAUGGGAUUUAACGGAGAUGAGCGUUAAAAUCCUACCAAUUAUAAGACUUAAGAUGAAAACGUUAAUGAGAAAACACCAGUUAGAUCGCCAUAACGAGGAAUAAGAAUAAUACUCAGUGACACUAUUAAGAGAGAUGCUGAUAAUAAGAAGAUAAAACAGAAAUAUAUAUAUAUAUUAUAUUAUAUUAUAUAUAUAUGAAUAAUUCUAGCGUCUUUAAUGUCAGCGAGAGCACUGACAAACUUUUAAAAAGUAUCCUGGCCUGCUCGUCGGUCGAACAGCGAAUUCUUUGGAACGAAGUUCUUCCGCAUUUAUUAUAACCCUUAUUUUUCUCGUGAUUAAGUUUCUCGAUGAUUUUGUGAUGUUCGUUCCAAACGAUUCGCGGGGUCAUUAAAAGAAACGCGAGAGAAGUCUCGGCAGAUAAUAAUUAUAGAGAUAGAUGUAUAACUAUCGUUAAUGUUUUUAAACUUUAUUCAGAAUGAAUCGUACGUGAUUUUUGAGGGAGCAGAGGCCGAAUGGUUUAUUGUAAGAGCGGUUAACGAUGACGUUGAUGAUAGAGUUACAGAGUAUCAUUAAAAAAAUACUGUAAAAAUAAUGAGGGCUUCGAGUCGAACGAGCUUAAAUUACACAAGGACGUCUGAGAAGUUACUCUUCAAUAAACUACCAGUUUUCAAAUUCUCAAUAAUCGAAGUUUCAAAUUUUGUAUCAGACACGGAAGUUUUCAUUGUUUUUACGUCAGUCUAUGAUGCAAUGAACACCUAUUCUGAUCGGUAACGAUUCUUGUUCGAUCUCUCUAUCGUGGGAACUGUGCAAAACGGUCUGUAAAUUAUUGUUAAAAAAAAAGGAAAUAGUUCGCACCGUUAAUGAACGACGAAGGUGGGCCUUCGGUUCCUUUUCUUUUUCGUCCGUAGAUCUGCAUCGUAAAAAAUUGCAUACUUUACUCACAGCGAUUCGUAACUUUGCCAAUACACUUCCAUCGAUAGGUGGUUAAAAGGAAAUUAGCCGCGCGAAUGCUUGGCUAAGUUUUGAACGCGGAGUUCUGCAUGCGGUUAAACGCGUGAAAUACCGAGCAAGUAUUAAAUUACCGUAAGUAGAUUUUAGCCGAAGGUCGCAUCGAUUGGCAGAGACGGCUGUAAGAUUUUCACGACUUUUUGUGAUGUAUUAUUCCAUUAAUCGAUGAAGUAAUUACAUAAUUAAUACAUCCUGAUGUCAUGCCGAGCGUCUGUCGAAGUAGGUCCGAGUUUUGCGGCAAUAUCUUUGGCGAAGUUAUUACCGUUAUUAUAAGUAGAAAAUAUCGAUUAGAGAGAGCGUUAAGGAAAAAGAAUAUAUACGUCCAAGUUGUAUCGCUCUGAUGCACCAGUUUGUAACGUUUAUAAGGGUGCAUCCCGAGAUGAAAAGUUUUUCCCCUCCAGAAAAUGUUAUCGGGCGUGUAUUUAUUUAAAUCGUAUUGUACCAUGUUAACUCUUAACGAUGCGUUAAUAUAUUUAUGCGAUUGUCGUCCAAUAGUAUUUUUGUAUCAAAAGAGAAGUUUGUUCUGUUCUGAGCAAGCGGUACACAGGUUCGAUUAAUUAUUAAUUACUUCAUUAACAAGACGGUCGAAUUGGAUGACAAAUUAGCUAGUAUAAUUUAAUUAUUGUUACAGUAAGACCAUAUCAUUACGAGUUAACUCUCUCCCUUUAGACGUUAAUUAAAACUAUUAUGUGUAAUCGUAGGCCGUAAAUAACAAAUGCUCCAAUUUAUCGCGUGAUAUCAGUUUGCGAUUUUUCUUGUAAAACUGGUAUGUCGGAUUAGCGAUGGUAUUGUUCGAUUUGUUUUCGAAUCAUUAAAAAGUCGGGGAAAAUAAAAGAGAUGCAGAGGACAAUGUAAUUUGUUUCUCUCUCAAGCCCACACCUACUCAAACAAAAAUACGCUCGUUAUGCUUGCGUUCAAAAGGGGAUUUUUCUCUGCGAUGCACGCGACUCGAUAACCAGCAAAUUAUUUAUUUCGCGUUGAUACACAAUGUCACUUAUGUAAUAAAUUGUCUCGUGAUUUUGCGCAUUGUAACGAGUAUCCGCAACAAUAUACUUCCUGCUCAAAUCGUAUCGUACAAGCUUCAGUUCAAUCCUCUUUGCUACGUUUUUCAUCGAGGAAAAGGGAUUUUUUUCUGAAACUAACAAGUGUUAUCCGUUCGAAUUCAGAAAUACUUUGAACGCAAACCUUCAAGAUCGCAAAGUAUCAUCUGGAUCGUGGUAAAUACUUGGUCACGCGCUCCGAUUUGGUCACUCGCGGGAUUUAUCGAUAUCGGUCGUCCGUAGGCGGAAAGAGGGACGUAUCUUGUACAUAUGUACAAGUAUGCGGUCUCCGUUUCGUUGUCAGAGUGAAUCGGCGUGCAAAUCUGUUGUAGUAUGUGUGUCCGAGUAUGUGUGUGUGUGUGCAAGAGUUACCGAUACAUUGAACGCGGUCUCAGAAGAUAUCGCUAAGUGGUUGCCGAUAUAAGGAACGGAAGAUCAGUCUAAAACCACCUGUCUUCGAAGGUGGAGGUUCUCUCGGUUAAGUCCUGUGCCUUCGAACUUUGAAAUCUUGCAAAUUAGCUCGGCUUUGGCGGUUCCACUAUGGACAAAUUCAAGAGGAAACGGAAGAGGAACGACGGCCAAAAGAAAGUACUGCUCUCCAUCGUCGAUCCCUGGGACGUCAGAGUGGCCAGUGUCGAUCCAAUCAGCUUGGCCGAGCGACGAGGCGUUUCUUUGUCGAUCUUACCAUCGCAAUUGAACGGGAACACCGUGAAGGAAACACUGUACCCAGGUAGAAUAGUCAAGUUACCGUCACCCUGGUACAAACCGACAUACAGCAACGUGCUCGAUCCCGCUAAUGGCGCCGUGAAGAAGAGCUCCUCCGAGUCUGCUUGGGUGGAUCCUUGGCGUUGUUCCAACAGGCCAAUCGAAGCACGAUCCAGCUCACCGGAAACGUGGACGAAGUCGAGAAACGGGAGUGAACAGAGUGGCCUCCGGAACGUCCAGACCAUUCCGGAUGGCAAUGGAUUAAUCGUCGUGACGCCGGAAAUCGCGCGUAAUAAUUUCGAUCACGAGCACGCUGGAACAGUUGCCAGAGUGCGUUUCGAGAACGAAGAUCGACCGAGGAGCUCCACUUGGACGUCGCCCGACGAAAACAUAACGGGAAAAAGUAAUUUGUACGCGACGAAAUCGAGCCUUUUGCCGAGCGUGAGUUAUUUUGAAAACGGUUCGCCGCCAGAAAAAGCGAGGCUGGUCGAUGACGAAGAAGAGAAGAAGCGCUACAAAAUUACCGAAGACGCGAGAUCCUUCGAGGACAAAGAAUUAGUGAAUGUCGUGCAAAAUUUGGUGACGUCAAGAUACAGCCCUGUUCUUACCUGCGCCAAAAAAAGAUUACGCAGAAAAACGCCAUGCCGUCGACGCAGAUCUCGCGAAGAAACGAUCACAGUAGACACGAAGGAACGUAACGGAAUACCUGUUACGCGGAGGGACAAAAUUACGGAAAUUAGCAACGGAACUAAAGAAACGAGCCUCAGUGCAUCACGCAUACGAAAAACGUCUAUCUCGAUGCCGACAAAUCUGGACGAAAUGGAGGCCCUACGGAUCGAUAGGCCGAAGGGAACCGCUUCGAAGUUCAACAGAUCGGAGAGCGACGACAGCAGCAGCGUGACGUUCAGCAACAGCGGUUCGACGCCCAAUGGAAGUCCGCUCGGCUCCGAAACCGAGGAAGAAGCGAACGACGAAGAGUUGGCCAAAGUACCGUUGCAAGCUCCACCUCGAAGAAAAAGCAGAGCCAUAUCGCCAAUGAUGAAUCAAAAGCUAGGAAACGAUCCGAUGGAGCUCACCGGCGGCCAGAGCGCAAAUUCCACGAUAACGAGCGUUAAUAGCAUUAGUAGCUUGCUCAAGGAGAAACUUCAGUUGUCCAUACCUCAAGCUCUACGAAGCAGCAAGAAGAGGCAGAACGCUGACUAUAGACUUCGAGCUUUCGUUGGAAUCCUCUUUCUCUGCGUCGUGUUCCUCGUGGGAUUCGCCCACAUUUAUUACACUCAACAUGUCCUCCAGCGAGCCUACUUUGACAAAUUCAGAUUUAACAAAAACGUCAGGGUGAUGCACGUGUACAGUAACACCGGUGCGGAAGUGAUCGCAGCACGCCUAGGAGAAGGCAUACCCCCCGACACCGGUGUGUUUCCGUGCCUACCUCAUCACCAAAAGCAGGACUCCGUUUGUCUGGAGUGGCUUCAACAAGCUCGUUUGUACCUCGCCCACACGAAACACUCGGACAUGAACUGUUACCACGUAACGUGGAAGAGCCUCAAUUCUUACUACAAUCCCAAAGAUUGCUUCGAUUGGUCUCCGAAAAGGGGACACUGGUACGGUGCUGGCCAAAUACAGAACAUGCCUUAUCCACUGGAACGCGGACGUCUUGACUUGAGCCCUUUUAUCACCGGUGACAUCACCAAGCAUCCUUUUGGCAACGUGCUAAAGAGAUACUUCUUGAACUCCAAAGGGGCCACGAUACUGGUUGAUCCGGAAACGCCUCUUUACGUGUCCAUCAACGCCAACAGAAGCAACGACUUCUGUUUGCAAGCCAAACACGACGCGUUCGCCUACAUCAAUCACUUGACGCAAUUGCCGCAACUGAAUUACACGAUUUGCGCCACGGACAACAUGAAGAACUUGCACUCCUCCAUGGCGGAGAAGUCGUUGUGGGACGGACUAAAGCCGGACGAGCUGCACGCGGUUCACUCGUUGCUCUCCGAGCCUGUGUGGCAAAUUUCGCCGAUCAACGAAGCCGCGGUUUACAAUUAUACCGAGGACGUGAUAGCUUUAGGUUUCCUGCGACAGGGUCACGUCCUUCUGAGCGAGGAGUGGCAACCUAGUCCUGGCGAUUUCGUGUUGGACGAGGAACGAUUUCCCUCGAUGGAGGAAACCAUUAACAUCAUCCACCGUCGAGGAUUUAGGAUCGUGUUCACCAUACAGCCGUUCAUAUCCACGGAGUCCGUAAACUUCAAAGACGCGGUAUCGAACAGACUGUUGAUCUCUGAAAGAGGAAGCGACCCUAGAAUCCCUGCAUUGACCAGAUACAAGCAGAGUAACAGCGUCGGAGUUGUAGACAUCACAAACAACAAAACUUUGCCUUGGCUGCAGUCCAAGUUGGAAAGCUUGAUUAUGAAGUACCACGUAGACUCGUUCUACCUUGAUCUGGGCACCGCUCAAGACAUGCCGCACUAUUACAAAUGCGAGCAACCGUUGACUAAUCCGGAUCAUUACAAAACGAUAUUCACGAAAGCGAUUUUGGGAUCCGUGCCAGUGAUCGGAGUCUCCGGCGCGAUCUCCAGACCGAGAGCCCCAGUCUUUGUGUCUCUUCCGCCGUUCUCGUCGUCUUGGAAGGCGAUCAAAACCGUUAUUCCGACCGUUUUAACUUAUGGAAUGAUAGGCUAUCCGUUUAUUAUGCCAGGUGCUGUUGGCGGAGACGUGGCUUUACCCAUGUCCGACAAUAAUCCGGACAACGAUUUCGAAGUGAGCUUGCCGGAUAAAGAACUGUAUGUCAGAUGGCUACAACUGUCCACGUUCCUGCCGGUAAUUCGUUUCACUCAUCUGCCCAGCAAGUACUCGGACGAGUCCGUGUUAGAGAUAGCCAAGAGGCUGACUACUCUUCGACAGAAGACCGUGACUCCGUUGCUGAAGAAAUACGCGAAAGAAACUUUGGACACUGGUCUACCGAUAAUCAGACCGCUGUGGAUGCUCGAUCCGGCUGAUCCAGCCUGUCACGUAGUCGUGGACGAGUUCUCCGUCGGUGAAGAACUUAUAGUAGCGCCGGUACUCUAUUCUGGUAGCAGGCAGAGAGAAGUUUAUUUACCUGCCGGUGUGUGGAGGGACGGAAUCGACGGUAGUCUCAGAAAAGGAUCGAGAUGGAUUCACAAUUACAGAGUGGCGGAAGACAAAGUUGCUUAUUUCGUGAAAAUGCCGGAUAACACGAGAUUUUAAUCGUCGACUUAAAUGCAUUUUAUGCGAAACGAAAAUAUAAUCUUUCCUGUCGUAGAUACCUUUCAAAGAAAUACCACGUACAAAACGCAGGAAGCAUUUGUCAAUAAAUCGUCCAUAAUUUUAAACUACAACUAUUUUUGUAGGGAUUGAAAAUCUUUAGGGCAGAGUCCAAAUAUUUUAACUCUCUGAGAGUAGUAUUUAUUUUAUUGUAUAAGAAAAUAUAUAUUUAUUUUACUUGA